UGCAGUAUGCAGUAGCACUGGGCUGAUCAGAAGGCGGCGACUGUACUGUUGUGUGUACGCGCAGUUCCUCUCUGAUCGCAGCUGGCGCUGUACUGACUGGGCUUGGUUUAUCUCAGAGACGACCCGCAGCUUCCUGUUUAGAACAGUUCAGGAAAGAGAGCUAAUGGCGUCGGCGGAGUGGUCGGAAUCCCCUCGGACAGGGGAAACCCGGAGUUGCCGGGUCUGGAAUAUCGUUACCCGGAUCCGACAGGGUCAAAUUACGGGCCGGGGAAUGAACCGGGGUACACAGAUUCCUGAGGCGCUGCUAAACGAAAGGGAUAAAAAAGCAAAAUGGUACGGUAUCCCAGUUCUGUUGCAGAAGCUGUAUGAAAGCAGUGACCCCAACAGCGACCUUUUGCAAACCCAUGUUUUUCUCAAGGAGAUCUCUUCCUUACUGUCCAAGGAAGCCAUGACAUUUGUAACAGAAGACAGAAAGACUGCACAAGAGUCCACGUUUCCAAACACAUACACCUUUGAUCUUUUUGGGGGAGUUCAUCUAUUAGUAGAAAUUCUUAUGAGACCCACACUGACGACACAGAAAAAUAAGCCAAUGAGUGAUGACCUCAUUAAGGACUGUCUAAGCAUUUUGUACAACUGUUGCUUAUGUACGGAGGGUGUCACAAAGAGCCUAGCAGCGAGGAGUGACUUUGUACUGUUUCUGUUUACACUGAUGACAAACAAAAAGACAUUUUUACAAACUGCCACACUAAUUGAGGACAUUCUGGGAGUUAAAAAGGAGAUGAUCCAGUUGGACGACAUUCCUAAUCUGGCAAGUUUGGUGCAGAGCUUUGACCAACAGCAGCUUGCAAACUUCUGCCGGAUUCUCUCGGUCACUAUUUCAGAGCUGGACGUCGGCAACGAUGACAAGCACACCCUCCUCGCCAAAAAUGCUCAGCAGAAAAAGAACUCCAGCCCCUCCCAGGCAGAGAUAAACCAAGCCACUGUCCUGAACAUCCCUGGAUUUAUUGAGCGGCUGUGCAAGUUGGCCACCCGGAAGGUGUCAGAGAACACACGCUCGUCUAACUUCCUUCAGGAGCUGGAGGACUGGUACACGUGGCUGGACAACGCGCUGGUGCUUGAUGCUCUCAUGCAGAUGGCCAGCGUAGAGGCAGAGCACAGCAGUACAGAAUCCUCAGAUGAAAGCUCUUUGGCUACCAGUCCCCAAAGGCACCAUCUGCCACAGUCCAUGAAGAUCGUGCAUGAGAUCAUGUACAAAGUGGAGGUGCUGUAUGUGCUCUGCGUCUUGCUAAUGGGUCGACAGAGAACACAGGUGCACAAAAUGCUGGCUGAGUUCAAGCUGAUCCCUGGCAUAAAUUAUCUCUUCGACAAACUCAUCUGGAGGAAACCUACAACAAACCAUGUGUUACAUGGGCAGAACCAGAACUGUGACUGCAGUCCUGAAAUUUCCAUGAAGAUCCAGUUCCUCCGACUACUCCAGAGCUUCAGUGACCAUCACGAGAACAAGUACCUGUUGUUGAACAAUCAGGAGCUAAAUGAGCUGAGUGCCAUCUCUAUGAUGGCUGACAUCCCUGAGGUGGAGGCAGUGGUCAACACAGACAGGAGUCUUGUGUGUGAGGGAAAGAGAGGUCUACUUACAAGGUUACUAUCAGUCAUGAAGAAAGAACCUGCAGACUCCUCAUUCAGGUUCUGGCAGGCGAGAGCAGUGGAGAGCUUCCUGCGGGGCGUCACUUCCUAUGCUGACCAGGUGUUUCUGUUGAGAAGGGGGCUUCUGGAGCACAUCCUGUUUUGUAUCAUUGACAGCGAGUGUAAAUCCAGGGAUGUAUUGCAGAGCUACUUCGACCUGCUAGGGGAGCUCAUGAAGUUUAACCUUCUCGCCUUCAAGAGGUUUAACAAGUACGUCGACACGGAGGAAAAGUUCCAGAUUUUCUUGAGUCAGAUCAACAGUUCCCUGGUUGACUCCAACAUGAUUGUUCGCUGCAUUGUGUUGUCAUUAGACAGGUUUGAGAGCCAAACAGAAGAUGUGAAAGUGGUUGAAGUGCUAUCUGAGUGCCGCCUGCUGUCCUACAUGGCUCGCGUGGAGAACCGACUAGCCUUCCUUUUUAGACUAAUUAAUAUCAUCAGUGUAGAGACACUUACACAGGAGAAUGUGAGCUGUCUAAACACCAGCCUUGUGAUCCUGAUGCUGGCUCGGAGCAAAGGAAAGCUGCCAUUCUACCUGAACGCGUUGCGGGAGAAGGAGUACGCAGAGAAGUAUCCUGGCUGCAUCCUCAAUAACUUUCACAACCUGCUGCGCUUCUGGCAACAGCAUUACCUCAACAAGGACAAGGACCGCACCAGCCUGGAAAAUAGCGCCUGUAUUUGUUUCAGUUACUGGAAAACAACCGUGUCAGUGCUCCUCAGUCCUGACCGGACAUCACCUGUUGCCAUAGCCAGCUACAUUGAUGAGGCCUAUUUGGAUAUUGACAAAGAUUUUAUGGAGGAAUAAUCCUGGUGGAGGACUACUGUCAGCAACAGGCAAUACUUCAGAGAACAUAUCCCAGGCUGUUGUUAUUCAGGGAUACAUCAUUGUGCAGUGUUUUAUGUUGGAUGCUGGAAGUACAGAAUGUUAACUGAUUACUGCAGGUGUGUUUUAACCCCCAGCAAUCAUUAACAGAUUAUCUCAUUUUUCUGUUUUUCCACAAAAAAUAAUAAUAACCUGGACGUUUUAUUCAGGGACAUUCAAUAUUUUUUUGUUGGUGUGUUGCUUUAGAAUAGUCUACUAUUUUUUUUUUAUUAGUUUUUUUUAUAUAUAUAUUCCAUAUAAAAUAUGUACAGCUCAGCAAAUCUUUAAACGGCAGAUGCUUUCCGAAAGGCAUGGAUCUUUAUCCUUAUAAAUGUAUAUACAUUUACAGUACAUACAAACGGCACUGGUUCUGUGCAGCCACAUAUAUACGAAUGCUGUCCUCGGACCGCCCAUGGAUUUGUGAAUAAGAAGACUUCUAUUUAUGCUUGUGGAUCUUGCACUCUGCCGUUUCUGAUCAACAAGGUCUGGAUUGUCUGCAGCCUAGAGCAAACACAGAAAUUGAAUUGCUGCUGCCAGAGAUUACCGGACUACAGUGUGCUUUCUUUCUUUUUUUUGGUUUGCCAUAACAUUUGCUCAUAAUCCUCUUAAAAAAAUUGCACAAACUGAAAUGACUAUUUUACACCUGUUUAGCAGAUUUAACCCAAUGUUUAGUGUAAUUUGAAAUUAACGGAUUAGUACACAUCAAAUCUUAAAUGUAGCAGAUUUCUCUCCCUACAAUGUUUAAAUGAUAUUUAUGUUUUGAAAGGUGUUAUUGCUAUGUGCUUGGGAGUAGAAGGGUUUUUGUCUUCAGUCUGGUUUGUUUCUCACCAUAACAUGACUUGAUUUGACCAUCAUAAUUUGACCUCUGGGUCUUACAUCUUACAUAGUCUUUAAUUGGUGGUGGUUGGGGUUGGAGGGAAUUGCUAGUGUUUCUGUGUGCCUGGUCUGCAGUAAGAAAUGACAGGUUUAUUGGGUGAGCAGUUCUGGUGCUGUUUUGAAAUAUGUAUUUUUAAGAUCCUAACCAAACACAGUAAUGCAGGGAUUCUCUGGGUGGCAAGAGUAAUCCUUGUAAGGUUAAGCUACCUCAUUCUUCAGUCCAGCCCCUCACACAUGUCCCACUAUCUCCAUCAAUAGGGUUACUACACAGAAAUGUUGGAAGUUUUCAACCAUGAACCAAGUAUUUGUAAUUUAACUCAUUUUAAAAGCAAUUGGGUUAUCUGUUCCCACAAAGUUUCAUUUUUUCAUUUCAAUUUUUGUGGGGUAUUCUUUUCAGCCUUCAUCAAUCCUAAGGGAAGUCCCAAUUGUGAUGUUAACCUGAAUUUGUGGUAAUGGGCUUUAGGUUUAAUAAGAUCAAUAAUGGCCAGUACUGUUAUUGAAGUGAUUGUCGCCAUAACUUGAAGGAAACUUAACAUUUCUAUUCUUUUGCUGUAGUACCAUCAUUUAUAGCACGUACCCCUCACUGGUUUGCUGUGCGAUGUUUGGUCAUGUAUUCUUUGUAUGUAGGACUUUGCAGUUAACAUAAACCAAAAAAACAAACAAACAAACAAAAAGGUGCAUGGUGGGGACUGAAUAAUAACGUGCUUGUGUCCCAGAUCCAGUCUCAUCUACUCCAACUCUGUUCUCAAUCAAAACAUCACACUGCCUCGACCACUGUGGUGCCAUGCAGAGCAUUCCUUAUCCUGUUAGCAUCUGAAUUCUACUGUAAUUGUCUUAGCUUGUAGUAGCCCAGUAUGAUCCAAGACAAAAGAAAAAAAGCCAUAAAAACCCAUUCAAUUUUAACUUUUUUUUUUUUGUUUGUUUUAUUUCAUAAUAGCAUUAAUUUCCUAUGCAGUGGGCAUUAAGGUAAUGUAAUUUUAUUAAAUUGAGCGCUUUGUCCCCUUGAUAAUUUAUAUAGCUGGAGUGACUGCUGGAGAAUGUAACCGUACUGCACCUUCAGGGAGAUUGUAUGUUCAGUUAGAAUUUGAUUUGAAGGAAAUAGCGCCGAAAUCUGUUUGUUUUUUGGUAGUUUUUCCUUUAUAUAUAAUAUCUCUAUCUAUCUGAAUAAUCUACAUGUAAUUAUUUAGAUCUAUUUAUUAGUUGUAAAACAAUAUGAAGUCUAAACACAAUCAUUUUACAGUCUGUUACACUAAUUUAAUUUAGUUUAUUUUGAUUUUUAUGGAGUAUUUCUACUUUACCCUGUAGCAAUAGAAACUAAUUGCUUGUAGAUGCUAUAGACUUUCAGCAUAUUUCUUAGGAUGAUCAAAUCUGUGUGUAUCGGGUCCGAAUCUCCCUGAUCAAACGUAAUAGUUGCAAUUAUCAGCUGUCCACUCCUGACCUGUUCAGUGCUGGUGCUAAACUGUAAAAUGGAUUCUGAUUGUAUCCCAGAACAGACCUGGGACAAAUACAGCUGUAUUUCAUAUUUUAUUUGUAAACACCCAACUAUUUUUAAAUAGUUGAAAUAUUUAAAUAUAUAUAUGCUCAAAAUAAAUCAAUUUUGUUUUUAAAUAUUCAAAUAUUGCCCAAAGUCAUAUUAUUUGAAUAUAUUUAAAUUAUUUUGCAGAAAACAAAUACUAUUUGAUAAUAUUUAAAUAUAUGUAAGUUAUUUGAAAACAAAAUAUGUAUCAACUGUUUCCAAAUAGUUAAUGAAUAAUCAAAAACUAAAACCUAAUUAUUACCCUAAAUGUAUAAUUAUGUACCAAGUCUUGCAAUUGCCACAUGGUGGUUGAGAAAGAUUUCUAACGAGGAAAAUGCUAAAUAUGUUCAAUUCAAUAACUUCAAAACAGACCAUUAAACCAGAGGUUAAAAAUAUGUCAUUGUUUUCAAAUAUUUACCCAAUGAAAUAAAAUAUUCAAAUAUUUCAAUUAAUUAAACAAAUUAAAUCUAAUUGAAAUAGAGCAGUUUCAAAAAGAUAAUUGAGUGGCUAACAACAAGGACCAUGCUUAACCUGCUUAGAGUGCAGGAUAAUAAUGAGGCUGCUGUAUGUUAGUUACAUAUUUAUGAAGAGUUUAAAGUAUUUCAGUGUAUUUCAAUGACUUUACUCGUAUUUAAAUAUUUUCAAAUAAUUGCUUUCCACAAACCAUAUUUCAAUAUUUUCAAACAAGUUACUUUCUGCAAUCUAUUUAAUUAUUUACAAUUUGUAUUUAAUUAUUUUCAAAUAAGUUACUUUUCACAAACCAUAUUUAUAACUAUUUAUCCCAUGUCUGUCUGGUCCACAAUCCUGUAUAUUUUUUUCCAUGGGUGCAACUUGUUGGCUGAACAGGUGUGGUUUUUUUAAUUGUAUUUUUUUGUUUCUGUUUACGUGGCUCACAUUUUCACCAUCCAUUAGUUAUUUAAAUUUACCACCUUGACCUGUUUUUUAAUAUAUUUUUUUUCAUUCUCUUUGUAUAGUUUUGAAUGGUUCGUGUGAAGGCCGAUUUUAGUGGCUAUCUUGACUGUACUUUUUUUUUUUUAAUUAAAUCUUACAGAUUAAAGUACACCCAACAAGUGUCUUAUAAUCAUUGCAGCCAUCACCAACCAGCGACCAAAAGUGACCCCAGCCCCUCUUUAGCAUCUUGCUUUCCAGCCCCCCCCCCCCCCCCCCCCCCCCCCCGUUCCUAAGCAGCACUUUAAUCUAAUUUCAGUUCCAGUCCCUGUCAUCGGUUUGCUUUUCUGUCAUGGUUUUUGGAUUUCCAUUUGAUUUUAUUUAACUGUAAUGUUUGUAAAUUUGAAAAUAAAGUAAAAAUAAAUUUGUUUUCUUCUCGCCA